GCAGCGAUUCAUGUGAUUCUGAAUUUAGGAGGCGGUGAUGUAAACAAACUUUGAUGCAAAAUUGAUGUUGUGAUGACAUUUGGUGCUUCGUUCGUGCCUUUGAAUAUCUCGAGGAUUAAAUGUAACUGUUUAGCAUAAUCAAGUGAAUUCUGAAUUCACCUCGUGUCGGUUGGGGAGAUUCCCCGACCACUUCCUACCUUCACAAGAUCGUCUGCUACGACCGCGGUUGUAAUUUGAGGCCAGACCAUUAACUGGACUGGAGACCUACCGGUGACAAUUUCUUCGUUCGACAGUGCCAUAAUUUGUGAAAAAAGCAAAACAUUUCUUGUCUGGAUUCGACAAUUAUAGUUCUUAAUUAUGGCGGACUUCUUAGCUGAAAACAACCAGUGUGGCCAGAACCUGCUCCGUCUGGCGUCUAGAGGAAACGCCAUCAUUGCGGAAAUCCUGCGUCUCGCUGACUUUAUUCCGUCUGUUUUUAGACUUGAUAACCGCUUUGACCAGGCGAAAUACAGUGAAAUCUUGUCAGAUUUCAGUUACUUUCGAAAUGCCGAAUAUUUUGAUAGUAAGAUAGAGUCUAAAAUGGAAUUACAAGAUCUGGAUGAAGAGUUCAGAGAAAACCACAUUGAAAUUCUUACCAGGUUUUACCAAGCAUUUGCAAGUGUGCAUAAAUAUGUCACAGAUCUAAACAGGUACCUGGAGGAUCUGGAGGAAGGGGUGUACAUCCAACAGACCGUGGAGUCAGUCCUGCUUAAUGAAGAUGGGAAGCAGCUCAUGUGUGAGGCUCUGUACUUGUACGGGGUGAUGCUGCUGGUGAUUGACAUCCGUGUAGAGGGGUUGGUGAGAGAGAGGAUCCUCGUCUCCUACUAUAGAUACAGCGCCCAGAAGGCUGCUGCAGCAGACUCCAACAUCGACGAUGUGUGUAAGCUGCUUCGGAGUACUGGCUACUCAAACCUUCCAGGUGCCAAGCGACCCAUCAACUACCCAGAGUCCUACUUCAAUCGCGUCCUUGUCAACUCCAACUUCAUCAACAUGGUGAUUGGUCGGCUGAGGUCCGAUGACGUGUACAACCAGAUAUCGGCCUACCCCCUGCCGGAGCACCGUUCAACAGCCCUGGCCACUCAAGCCAGCAUGCUGUACGUGAUCCUGUACUUUGAGGCCGACACACUCCACAACCAGCAGGCCAAAAUGAGGGAGAUUGUCGAUAAACACUUCCCUGAUAACUGGGUGAUAAGCGUGUACAUGGGGAUGACCUUCAACUUGAUGGAUGCAUGGGCUCCGUACAAGGCAGCAAGCACAGCUCUCAACAACACUCUGGAUACAGGGAACAUCAAGGAACAGGCUGCAAAGUACUCCCUGAAGCUGGAGCGCCUGCACCCGGUGCUGGAGAAGUACCUGAAGGAGGGGGUGCUGGUGGAGGAGUUCGUGCUGGACAGCAUCCCCAAACUGAUGAACGCCAUCCGCGAGUGUAACGUCACACUCCGCUGGCUGAUGCUACAUACAGCUGCACUGCCACCAUCUGCGGAGGCCAACAAGCGAUGCAAGCAGAUACGGGAGCAGGUGCUCAGCGAUUCCCGGUACAACCCGCUCGGUGUGUUUCAGCUUUUGCUCAGUACAGGACAGUUUGAGUUCAAGCUGAAAGAGAUGUUCAAGCAGAUGCUGCUGGACAAACAGACCAAGUGGGAGGCUUACAAGAAGGAAGGCCACGAACGCAUGCAGGAGUUGAGCGAGGUCUUCUCUGGCACCAAACCCCUCACUAGGGUGGAGAGAAAUGAUAACCUCCAGGCCUGGUUUACGGAAAUGUCGAAACAGAUAAUGUCACUGAACUAUGAGGACUCUACGUCUGCUGGACGGAAGAUCGUCCAGCUUAUUCAGGCCAUGGAGGAGGUUCAAGAGUUCCACCAGCUUGAGAGCAACCUUCAGGUGAGGCAGUUCCUUGCCGACACCCGCAAGUACCUCCACCACAUGAUCCGCACCAUAAACAUCAAGGAGGAAGUCCUCAUCAACAUCGGCAUUGUUGCGGACCUCUCCUACGCUUGGAACAUCAUCGACAGCUACACUGGCUACAUGCAGGAGGGAAUCAAGAAGGACCCCUCCCUUGUCAUCAAACUCAGAGCCACAUUCCUCAAGAUGUCAUCAGCAUUGGAACUGCCUCUGCUGAGAAUCAACCAGGCCAUGAGUCCCGAUCUGAUGAGUGUGUCACAGUUCUACUCCGGCGAGUUGGUGGGAUACGUCAGGAAAGUCCUGCAGAUCAUUCCUCAGACUAUGUUUAGUCUUCUGGCAAGUAUCAUACGCCUGCUGACCAAUCAAAUUCAUGAGCUACCAACCCGCCUGGAGAAAGACAAGAUGAAGGAGUACGCUCAGCUCGACGAACGUUUUCAGGUAGCGAGGCUGACUCAUGCAAUCUCGGUGUUCACGGAGGGGAUUCUGAUGAUGAAGACAACCCUUGUCGGUAUAAUCAAGAUUGACCCCAAGCAGCUGUUGGAGGAUGGAAUCCGCAAGGAGCUGGUACAGCAGGUGGCACAGGCCCUGCAUCAGGGACUCAUGUUCAACCCCAAAGCCAAGGUGAACGAGCUGCUGCCGCGCCUUGACGAUCUGGGGGAGAAGAUGGAGGGCUUUCGUCGUUCCUUCGAGUACAUCCAGGACUACGUGAACAUCUACGGCCUGAAGAUCUGGCAGGAGGAGGUGUCUCGCAUCAUCAACUACAACGUGGAGCAGGAGUGCAACAGCUUUCUCCGUACCAAGGUCCAGGACUGGGAGAGCAUCUACCAGUCCACCGCCAUACCCAUCCCACGUUUCCCUCCCGUCGACGAGAGCGUCAACUUCAUCGGCCGACUGGCUCGGGAGAUCCUCCGCAUCACAGAUCCCAGACAAACUGCCUACAUUGACCAGAUGAAGGCUUGGUACGACCUAAAGACCCGAGCAGAAGUCUGCAACAGAACGCUUUUCCAGAAACUGCAUAGAGCUGUCGGGAGUUUCGGACUGUCUGGCCUGGACCGUCUCCUGUGUUUCAUGAUUGUCAAGGAGCUGCAGAGCUACCAGAUGCAGAUCAUGAGGGGCGUCUUCCGUGACAAGAACUGGAUGGAGUUCUUCGGAUCCGUCACCAGGACUCUCAACCCUUUGCAGGGAACUAUCUCUCAGCCCCAGAAGGUGUAUUCACAGGCCAUAUCCAAGGCCAACAAGCUGUGGGCACCAUUCCUAGACAUCAUACUCAGGGUGGGGCAGAUGCAGUUGCUGAGACGACAGAUUGCCUAUGAACUCAACACAUCGUGCAAGUUCGACUCCAAGUUCCUUGCAAAUGCAUUGCAGACCACGAACAACGCCCUGCUGGCAGACAUUGAGAGACACUACCAAGACCCGAGUCUGCCCUACCCCAAGGAGGAGAACCCCCUGAUGUACGAACUCACCUCGUACCUGGAGUCUGCUGGCUUCCACAACCCACUCCUCAAGAUCUACAUCACAACUGCCCGGCUGCCAUACUUCCCUCUCUUCAACUUCCUGUUCACCAUCUCCCAGUUGCCCAAACUUGUUUACAGCAAAAGCCUCAGUGGUUUGGUGUCCAAGAAGACGACCGACCCGCUGGACUCCCCUACCUUUAUUGUGGGUUGCUACACACUGUUGAAACAGUUCCACUCUGACAACAUCAACUUCUUCCUGGCCUUCCUUGGGCAGUAUGUCCGCUCUGUAGUGGAGGCCCUCGGCAGUUCACGGACACCUGAAGCCUCCCAGGAUAUCAUCAACGUCCUAAUCUUCCUUGAAGACUUCAUCUUCUACAGCGGAAUGCCCAGGAAGUCGGUGGAGUCCUUCAUCCCCAGUUACAUAUUUGAUGAGUUCCGGUCCCAAUAUGCGGCUUCAUAACGACAGACAACACACGGACAAUCUAUGUGCAAUAUGCUUGUAUUCGCAGGAUGACAGCUUUAGGUACACAUGGGAAAUUGUGGAACAUGGAACAAAAUGUGAAUGAUUGUUAUACUUUAUACUGUUAUAAUUGUACAUUAGAUAAUUGUUAUUCUUUGUACAUAAGUACUUGUUAUAUUUGUACAUUCCAUCGGAAUGAAUGUCUGAGAAUACCAGGUAAACUGUUUCAUUUAUGAGUUAUUCUAAGGAUUCCUCAUCAACCGAACUGAUGGUGAUGUCGGCAGGCCUCGACACUCAACCUUGAUACAACACUUAUCUCAGUUGUAGGGAUAUAAUACUUAUCUCAGUGGUAGGACUAGGAUACGACAUGCAUAUGAAUAGCAGGGGCACACAACAUUUCUCAGUGGUUGAGUCACGAUACAACGAAACGUUUUCGCACAUUGAACUGACAGAUGUAGGUAUCAUUUAAUUUUGGUAGUAAUUUUGUGAUGUUUCUAGAAUUUCUUUUUAUGUAUGCUGUAAUGCUACUCAUAAAAGGAUUAUAGAAUCAAUAUUAAUUUUUUUUCAAAUUAAGCAUUAAGAUCAAAGGUUCUUUUUGUCAAGCCGUAUCUUACAGGGUUCAGUUACUUGUGCAAACCUGAAAAAUGUCAGGAACCCAAAACAAAAACUUGUUGUGCAUUGUUACAACAGCUGCAAAUGUAAAUGAUUCAUCACUGAUUGCAGAUCAUCAAAUUAUUACAUGCUUAAUUUCUAUAACCAUGUGUUGUGAUGAAACAAUAUGGAUGACAACUCUGGAAUUGUUUAUGUGUACUUUAUCCGGGCUUCAUCCUGCCCUUAAUCAUGUGACGAAGUAAUCCAGUUCUAUGUUCAGUUUUUGUUUCUGCUUGUCUGAAGAUUGUUACUUCAUGAAUAACACCAAUAUGUAUCAGGUUAGGGAUACUAAGGCGUCUCACCGUAUCCUGUGGGGUAGCCUAGUGGUUAAAGCAUUCAGUCGUCACGCCGAAGACCCAGGUUCGAUUCCCCACAUGGGCACAUUGUGUGACGCCAAUUAAUGGGUGUCCCCCGCCGUUAUAUUGCUUUAAUAUUGCUAAAAGUGGGCGUAAGACUAAACUCACUCACUCCUGUACACAAACCCUUCCAGUGGAAACACCACAACUAUUUGUGUAUAUCUUAGUAUUUGAUCAAACUCUACUUGUAUUAUGCGUAACAAAAACAUGUGUAUGUUAUCUUAAACGGAAAUGUGUUCCAAGCAUAUUGAUAAAAUCAUGUGUACAAACAUUAAAUAUACAUGAAUAUUUAUUUUGAAUAAAAACUGACCCAAGAUGA